AUGCUACACCACUCCAACAAGAUGAACAACAGUCGCCCAUGGAAAAGCCUUAACAAACGACUCAGUGGAGAAAGCCAAUUCAAAUUUCUCAUUCAAGGUUACUGUGAAAACAUUCAAGAAGAUGCUGAAUUGAAAAUGGUUUUCAAACGGAUUGAAACCAAACGUCUUGCCAAACUCAUGGCCAACCUUUUGCAGAUGGGUUUUGUGUACUCCUCACAUGAUAGCAUGAUUGAUGAUGAUGUCCGCAGUCGUAUCAUUUUGAAGAACUACACCCUCUUUCAAUUGGAAUUGGAUUCAGAUCAAUUGAAGAAUUGCCAGAUAUCUUUGAAUCCAAAUUGCACGAUUCCUGGAUGGAAGGAGAUGUCUUUGAGCAAUGCGUGGAACGCUUCGCUGAUUUGCGUGCCAUCUUUGAUGAAGGAAGCAUAA